CCGCGGUGCGCGUCAGUCUGCGCUCCAGGACGGCUGUCACGGCGGUUGAGCUCGCGAUCGCGGCCGCGGGGAAGCGAAGUGGGGCGCCGGGCGGUAGCCGGGCGAAGGGUGCGCGCGGGUGGAGCCGCGCGGCCCGCAUGGAGGCGCCGAGGAGCGCGCCGCGGGAGCGGGAGCGAGCUCGGACCCCCGCAGGAAGUGACCAAGUUCACUCCUGGAUACUAGUUACGAGCCAAGUGGUUAACACUGCCUGGAGAAUAGCAAGGGCCUUUGUGGUGAUGGCUGUGUCGCUUCUGUCAGCCUCCCUCUGCUACUUCAGAAGGCUGCAUCUGUAUUUAGGGCAUCGGCUGAAAUGGUGGAUUGGAUAUCUGCAGAGAAAAUUCAAAAGAAACCUCAGUGUGGAGGCAGAAGUAGAUUUACUCGGUUAUUGUGCAAGAGAGUGGAAAGGAGAAACACCACGUGCCAAACUGAUGCGGAGGGCUUAUGAGGAACUAUUCUGGAGGCACCAUAUUAAAUGUGUUCGGCCAGUGAAGAGAGAUAACUACGAUGCUCUCAGGUCCGUGUUGUUUCAGAUCUUCAGUCAAGGUCUGUCUUUUCCAUCAUGGAUGAAAGAAAAGGACAUCGUGAAGCUUCCUGAAAAACUACUCUUUUCUCAAGGCUGUAACUGGAUCCAGCAGUACAGUUUCGGACCUGAGAAAUAUACAGGUUCCAAUGUGUUCGGAAAGUUACGGAAAUGUGUGGAAUUAUUGAAGAUACGGUGGACUGAGUUUAGUGGGAUGAGAGAUUAUCACAAGAGAGGAAGCAUGUGCAACACACUCUUCUGUGACGCCAUCCUGGAGUAUAAGCUGUACGAAGCUUUGAAGUUCAUCAUGCUCUACCAGGUCACGGAAAUGUACGAGCAGAUGAAGACGAACAAGGUCAUCCCCAGCCUCUUCCGAAUCCUUUUUUCAAGGGAGUCGUCAUCAGAUCCUCUGAGCUUCAUGAUGAAUCACCUGAACUCCAUAGGGGACACGUGUGGAUUGGAGCAGAUUGACAUGUUUAUACUCGGGUAUUCCCUUCAAGUAAAGAUAAAAGUGUUCCGACUGUUCAAGUUUAACUCCAGAGACUUUACAGUCUGCUAUCCCGAGGAGCCUCUCAGGGAGUGGCCAGAGAUCUCGCUGCUGACCGAGAAUGACCGCCAGUACCACAUUCCUGUCUUUUAAGUCUGCGGUGGACUGAACGUCAGCUUUUCUCAGUGACAGUGGUCAUACUUGCAAGAAGAGUGUUUCUGAAAAACUCACGGGAGCAUUUCAGCCAAGGACAGCACCAAGACUACGGGAACCCUGGGUGGAGAGAGCCAGGUGCUUCGCCUUCCUCCUUCGGUGACCCCUCCACAGCGGCACACUUUUGGGGUUUGGUUGGUCGGUUUUGUCCUGUGAGACGCAUUGGAGUUGCAGCAUGAUGUGCCUUAAUACGGAGAAACUUAGUGUGGACACAAAUGGGGAGGGAAAUGGCUGACUCAGCAGCAGGGACUUUUUUUUUUUUUAAUCUCUGACCUUUGUGUUCUUUGGUAAGAAUCUCUCUGGGGACUUGGGAUGAUCAUAAAUAAACAGGGCGACAUUUUAUAAGCAUUACCUUCCUGGGAUUCUUUGUUGUUUACUAAUUUUCUAGAACCACCUGACUAAUGUUAAAAUACUGUGUGUGCAAGAAAACCCACAGAACAAGCUAACCUGGGCUCACGGGCUCACAGAGACUGAACCAACAACCAGGGAGCCUACAUGGAGCUGACCAAGGCUCUCUGCAUAUGUGUUACAGUUGUGUAGCUUGGUCCUCUUGUGGGAGCAGGGGAUGUCUCUGACUCUGUUGCCUGCUUUUGGGACCCUUUCCUCCUAUGGGGUUGCCUCAUCCAGUCUUACCAGAAGAGGAGAUGCCUAGUCUCACUGUAACUUGAUAUCCCAUGACCGUUGAUAUCCAUGGGAGGCCUGCCCUUUUCUGAAGAGGAACAGAGGAGGAGUGCAUGGAAGAGAAGAGGAGAAGGAAGUGUGGGGGGAGCUAAGAGAAGAGGAUGGAGGGGAAGCUUUGGUUGGGAUAUAAAAACAAAAAAACAAAACUAAAGUAAAUAUCGAGUGUGUAUGUACAUAUGUGUUUAUAUGUACAUAUAAAUAAAUGUAUUCACAUAUACACAAACACAACCACUGGUUUGUAAUAUUGUACAGUUUCUUUAGAUCUCUACAUUUUAGGGGGCAACUGUUGAGUCUGGUCAGUUUAUAUCAGUUUAUUUAAAUAAAAGAAGAUAAAUCCUA